UGUUUGUUGAUUAUGGCGGGAGUGCCGAGGCACAUGCCGAAAGAUGCACAAGUAAUUUUGGCAAUAAUGAAAGACAUGGGGAUCCAGGACUAUGAUCAACGAGUUCUGACACAACUUCUGGAAUUUAAGUAUCGUUAUGUCACAACUGUUCUGGAGGACGCACGAGUGCUUGCAAACCAUGCAAAAAAGAAGGCAAUUGAUCUGGAUGAUCUGAAACUGGCUGUCCAGAUGACAACAGAUAGGAUAUUUACCAACCCUCCACCUCGAGAAAUUCUUUUAGACGUUGCUAGGACGAAAAACAGUACACCUUUGCCACUAGUGAAACCACAUUGUGGGCUAAGGUUACCACCUGACCGGUACUGUCUUUUAUCUUGCAAUUACCGCCUGAAGAGUAUGAAAAAGCCACAGCCCAAGCAACAGAUGGUUCACCAUAUGGCUGGUAACACAGGCACGUACAUGUCUGGCUCAAUUACAAGUCUAUCAAACUCUGGGAAUGUUAAACUAUCUGGCAGUAAGCAGCAGCAGCAACAACAACAACAACAACAACAGCAGCAGCAGCAACAACAACACUUGCAGCAGCACUUGCAACAGCAGCAACAACAGUCUCAAGGACAACAGUCUAUGUCAAUUGUGAAACGACAAGGACUAUUGACGACAGUUUCAAGAACACAGACAAUUACAAUUCCAAAACCAGUAAUUAAACUCUCUGCAGGACCCAGCAUCCAGAAACCUGUAACCAAGCCAAAAGUCCAAAUAACGUCAGGUACUGGCACCUUAAAACUGGAGGACAGUGACACAAGUGGGGGAAGAUUAAAACGAAAGCGAGAAGAUUAUGAUACUUUAGAGGGAAAAUGUGUGAACUGGAAGAGAUUGUGUUUCAGUUAA